GACGUCAGAGGGAGAGGAUAGCAACUGUUGCCUCGAGACCCCCGGCGCCAUAGUGACUGUAGCUGUGGAGACUGUUACUUGCCAACCGGAGACACACGAUCAGCAGUGGCCGGAGGAGCAGCCUGGAGACCGCGGGGCCACAACUUUAACAUCACCAGGCAUCUAACCGCACGGGGAGCCGGACACAGACAGCAGCAUGCAAAGUUCAGACAGUGGCUCAGAUUCUGCGACCUCAGUCGCUCUACGGACAUCUGCAUCAACCCAGGCACCUGUAGUUCAGCCAGUACCAGCUUCCCAACAGAGGAGCUUGUCUCAGUCAUCUGGCUCUGCUCCCAAAGGGGCACAUGGUCAAGGUGUGCAAAGAGCUCACCAGAUACAGCAGCAGGUCCAGACAGUUCAGCAUGUUUAUCCAGCACAGGUGCAGUACGUGGAAGGAGACUCUGUGUACACCAAUGGAGCAAUCCGGACGACCUAUUCUUACAAUGCCGAAGCUCAGAUCUACGCUCCUAGUAGUGUUGCCUCAUAUUUUGAUUCCCAGGGCGGAGGUGCCCAAGUGACCACUGUGGUCUCCACUCCCUCUGCCAUUCCUUCCCACAGUAUGGUUGGCAUUGCCAUGGAUGUAGGUGGGAGCCAAAUCAUCUCUAGCUCUGGAGCAUACCUGAUCCAUGGUGGCCUAGACAAUUCUCGUCAUUCUUUGUCUCACACUUCACGUUCUUCCCCUGCCACGCUUGAGAUGGCGAUUGAAAAUCUACAAAAAAAUGAAGGCAUCACCUCUCACAAAAGCAGCUUGCUCAACAGCCAUCUUCAGUGGCUGCUGGAUAACUAUGAGACAGCAGACGGUGUUAGCCUUCCAAGAAGUUCACUGUACAACCAUUAUUUACGGCAUUGCCAGGAGCACAAGCUGGAUCCAGUUAAUGCAGCCUCAUUUGGAAAAUUAAUACGCUCAGUGUUUAUGGGACUGCGGACAAGACGCCUUGGCACCAGGGGUAACUCCAAAUACCACUAUUAUGGCAUCCGAUUGAAACCGGAUUCCCCACUUAACAGACUUCAAGAAGAUAUGCAGUAUAUGGCAAUGAGACAGCAACCAAUCCAUCAGAAGCAAAGAUACAGACCUACACACAAGACGGAUGGCAUGAUGGAUAGCACGAUCAACAGCCAGCACACCUCCCCAGAGCAGUCAGUUGCUGCCCAGAGCCAGCAUCACCAGCAAUUCAUAGAUACCUCCCAUGUGUUCCCAGACUUCCCUGAUCUGGAUCUAGGUGGUCUGAUGCUACCAGAUGGCAUUACUAUGUCUGAUAUAAAGAAUUUGCAGCUUAUGUACCGACGUCACUGUGAGGCAACUGUGGAUGUGGUGAUGAAUCUGCAGUUCCAAUAUAUUGAGAAAUUGUGGCUGGCUUUCUGGAACUCUAAACCUUCCUCUCCUGAUGGCUCAACGACAUUGUCCAGUGAGGAGGAGCAAGAAGCAGUCAUCCCAAAGGAGAAACUGAUGAUUCUGUGUAAAUAUGAGCCUGUUAUGAGGUGGAUGAGGAGCUGCGACCAUAUCCUUUAUCAAGCUCUAGUGGAAAUUCUAAUCCCAGAUGUCUUGCGGCCUGUCCCAAGUACACUGACACAGGCGAUACGGAAUUUUGCAAAGAGUCUGGAAGGAUGGCUAACAAAUGCAAUGACUGAUUUUCUCCAGCAAAUAGUCCAGGCAAAGGUUGGUGUUGUCAGUGCCUUUGCUCAGACUCUGCGUCGUUACACCUCCUUGAAUCAUUUGGCACAAGCUGCCCGCGCUGUUUUGCAAAAUACAUCCCAAAUUAAUCAGAUGCUGAGUGACCUUAACAGAGUAGAUUUUGCAAACGUUCAGGAACAAGCAUCCUGGGUAUGCCAGUGUGAGGAAGGCAUGGUUCAGAAGCUAGAACAAGACUUCAAGUUAACCCUUCAGCAGCAGAGCUCAUUGGACCAGUGGGCAAAUUGGUUGGAUAAUGUAGUCACCCAAGUGCUGAAGCCUCAUGAAGGGAGUCCCAGUUUUCCAAAGGCUGCCAGGCAGUUUUUGCUGAAGUGGUCUUUUUACAGUUCAAUGGUUAUCCGGGAUCUCACCCUGCGCAGUGCUGCCAGUUUUGGAUCCUUUCACCUAAUCCGAUUGCUUUAUGAUGAGUACAUGUUUUACUUAGUAGAGCACAGAGUGGCACAGGCAACAGGAGAGACACCCAUUGCAGUGAUGGGCGAGUUCAGUGACCUGUCUACUAUGUCUCCGGUAGCAAUAGAUAAAGAUGACAUGAGCGAGUUGGGCAGCGAUGAUGCAUCUUGCGAGAUCCCAGUGAAGAGGGAACGUGUGGAUAUGAACCACUCCCUGCAGGAGGUGUAAUGCCGAGAAGUUCCUAGCGCCUUAUUGCUCCCAGUAAUGGAAUCACCUCAUGUUUUGAAGGCAGACCUGCCUCAAACAAGAACUCUGUGAAUUUAGUGCCUCUGCCACACAUGACACUUGUUUUGGAAGAACUCUGCCAUUCAUUAACAUUCAGUGUUCAAGUCCUGAAAAGCGAAAUUUGGCAUGUGAAAUCACCGCAUUCCUGACAAUCUCACUCCAGACGUGUGUGCUAUGUGAUGAUUUAUCCUUUUUAUUUUUUUUUUCCUCUUAAAUACAGUUCUGAGUUGUUAUAGGACAUUAUUCCAUUUACUUUUGGAGGCUUUAGGGAGUGUAGCUCAGGCUGUCCAUUUACCCAAUCCAAGUAGGUACAUUGUUGGGUACCUAUAUGCACCGUGACUUUGUUACCUCGUUAUACUGUACUGGGCAGUUUUCAUUUGCCAAAUCAUACUGCAUUAAAGAGUACCUGCAAUGCAUGCUGUGAUUUGGAGAUAUCACAAACCCUAAGAUGAAAGACAAAGCUACUGUACAUAAAAAUUGUAGCUCAUAAUAUUUUAUCAACUAGUGUAGUCUGCAGUGAGUGCUUGCCAAGAGUAUACU